GGCAAAGCCUGAAACUUCCCACAAAAAGACGGGAUAAAUAACCAAUGAAGAAGAAACGUCUUAGCCAAAUUUAGCUAACCUAGCCUACAACAGCUAACAACUGGGAGGACUUGACUUUGAAGACUGCUGGAUGAAUAAAGGCCAGUAUAUAAGGGGAUUUACAACCAGACUCUUGCUAAAAGGAGGGUCUGUUCCUACAAUCAAGGACUGCGUUUCCAAUCCUGAGCCACAAGCUAGUACUUCUGGGAUUCCUAAUGGCCAGGACACAAAAAAGUUCACAAACAUUGCAUGCCAGACCGAACCUCUUAAUACUGUAUGUUGUGUCACAGCAUUCUGUGGCAAAGAAGUCAGUAGGCACACAGUGCUCAAUCCUGACAUUAUUCAGAUCUGCAGCAACACAGUUAUCUCCUGGAACAUUCAAACCCUACUUCUGCUGCCAAACAUGUGAAAACUGAGCCAACAUUUGGUCUUCACUGACCCUGCCACGUUUGUGGAGGAGCUGAAGAAGGUUCUAGUUCCAGAAGAUCUCGGUGUUCAGCCACCAAAGGAAAAGGUUGAUGCAAGGCAUGUGUCACGCUACAGUCAAGAACUGGCCAGAACCCAAUGUUGCUCCCAUCCAGAUCAGGAAACGCCCGGUGUAUCCAGCCCACAAUACAUGACGGGAUGACCACCGUGAUGUGCUGGCCAAAGUAUCCCCAGCACCAGCUAACAAACUAAAACUACGGUACAAUGCGAGCUCCUCUGCGCUGGGUGCUGUGGGACGUUAAAGACACCCUGUUGAAGGUGCGGUCAUCUGUGGGGGAGCAGUACUGUAAGGAAGCUGAGCAAAUGGGCUUAAGGCUCAGUGCUGUGGAGGUUAAUACUGCUUUCCGGCAGGUCUAUCAAAGUUAUUCCCGCAGGUACCCAAACUAUGGCAUCUCUCAGGGCCUGAACGGACAAGCUUGGUGGACAGGAGUGGUGCGGGACACUCUCUCUCUGUGCCGGGUCCAGGAUCCCGCCCUGUUAAACACAGUAGCUAACAAUCUGUAUCAUAACUUCUGCAAUGCAGAAAACUGGGAGGUGUUUCCAGACUCAGUGAGAGCCCUGGAAAGAUGUUCCUCUCUUGGCCUAAAGCUGGGUGUGGUAUCCAACUUUGACAGCCGUCUGGAAGCUAUUUUACAUAGUUGUGGACUACUGUCACAUUUUAGCUUUUUAAUAACAUCAGAGGAGGCUGGUGUGGCAAAACCCAGUCUGGCCAUAUUUGAUCAGGCGCUGCACAAUUGUGGGACAGCAGCUGACUGCGUUGCUCAUGUUGGAGACCACUAUGUGAAUGAUUACCUCUCCCCGCGGUCUGUAGGCAUCCAUGGGUUCCUUUUAGACAGACAGAACAAGCACAACCAAGCUGAUGUUCUUCUGGAGCAUCGGCUCGGUUCUUUGGACGAACUACCAUCACGGCUUCUACAGCUUAUGGACUAAUAGCAAAUACAUCAGUGUCAAUCUGCUCAACUUCAUUCUGGUUCAGUUGAUGUCAGGGAUGUAACCAAGUUGACUUGUGUGAACCUAAGUGCCUUAUGUAACAGAUCAGAUGCUCCUGAUGUAUGCAAAUACAGCUUGAGUAUUAUAUGCUGUAUUAAAAUAAUUUAAAGCAGUUUUAUUACAGUAACGCUAUAAACUGGGAGCAUUAAUGUUAUGUAAAUAUCUAUUCUACAGUGUUAACUUGUGUAACUGAUAAAAUAGAAAUUGAGCUAGUAAUUCAAAACAAUUACCUUACAGAAAAGUUAAGUAUUGACUAUCUCAUGUUUGUACACAUACAGCUGAUAUUUUAUUCCCUGUGAUAUCAAAUCGAAAAAAAAAUGUUUCAUCACAGUCUUCCAUGUUUAUGUAAGUACAAAUAAAUAACUUUAAAAUAAUGUUUUUGUGAAUGUGGGCUAGCUGAUGAGUGCAAAUACAUUUUCUAUAUCAUCCAUUUAUUCAGCAGACAAAUCAGUGAAGUGAACUGUUUAUGCUUACUUUCAUUAAAUAUGCUUAUUGGACCACGUGGCAGUUAAACCAGUUUUCUUUUUUGUUUGGGGGUUUUCGUUGUUUUUGAGAAGUGGUUUUCUUAGCUUUGUAAAAACUGACCUAUUUGAACUUUUUAAAUACAUUUUGGAUCCCUGCAUUUGACUGAAAUUUAAAUAAAAGGGCAAAAAUGGCCAGAGCCUGGCCCACUUUCA